AGUGAUUAGUAGGAUCUCUUGUGCAUUGGUGCAACGUCAGUAUGAUCUCUUGUGCAUGGGUGCAGAUCAGCAGGAUCUCUUGUGCAUGGGUGCUGUGGUGAAUAGGAUCUUUUUUUGAUCAUAUGUGCAAUGUCAGGAUGAUCUUUAGUGUAUGGGUGCUGUGGUCAGUAUAUCUCUUAAGUUGUUCUUAUGUCCGUAUAUCUGUUGUGCAUGGCUGCUGUGGUGAGAGGAUCUCUUGUUCAUAUGUGCAACGUCAGUAGGAUCUCUCUUGUGCAUUGGUGCAAAUCAGUAUGAGUUAUUCUGAUACGGGAUAAAACGUACAUUUAAUUUAUAAAAUGUCAAGUAAAAUAAAACUUUGUUUUGCUCAAGUUUACAUUUCAUGUUAGUUGGCCCCGGUAUAGAUAAUACCUACAUAAUGUAAGUGGGUUGCAUAAUGAAAAGUUUGGGGACCUCUACUUUAUUUAAAUGACCAAUCACAAAAGACUUACUUGGCCUUAGUCGGGAAGUAACAAUGUGUUUGGGACAAAUCUGUGUUGCCAGAUAUAAAAGUGUUGAAAAGUGCAAUACAUGAACCCACAGCUAAAACCUGAAUUAACACGAAUAAACAACAUCUCAUUCACUGGGCACCAACACGCUACUAAAGCAGCUCAACCAGGCCUCUUCAUCCCUAUUUUUGCAUAUGCUCAAGAAAAAUAGUUCACACUUCACAGCACCCUAAUUUGUCACAAGCAGCUUAUUUCAGAAUAUACUUUGUGUGGGAUAUAUGACUAUGCAUUGCUGACCAGUCUCUUCUGCCUCUCUCUCUCUCUCUAUUUCUCUGUCACAUCCCGGACUGAAACAUCUUUUAUAACUGUCGAUGUCUUUGAAAAUGGUCUGGUGAUUUGUGUGACUGCCAUGACGACAGACGAGGCUGAGAGCGUGCAUAAACAACAGGUGUGCGAGCAGCAGCAGGAAGAGGAGGACCCUGCUGCUCAGGAGCAAGGCCCCACUGACACAGUUCAGGAGAGCCCCUCGGGCACCUCGCUUCCCCGCGUAAGCUCAGAGGAAGAACAGCAGCUGAAGCCUCGGCAGCGCACAUCCGCUGGCCGCGGUCUCUCUCGCCUCUUCUCCUCCUUCCUGAAGCGCCGCUCACAGUGCUCGGAGGGUGAGGGAGAGGAGACCGAGAGGACCUGGGAGAAGGAAGGCCACAACGAACCCAAAGCUCCCAUUGCAGACCCUGAGCCGGAACUACGCUUAGAGGGUGAUGUUGCACUAGACCAGCACUCGAUCAGUAGUGCUGAAAACCAGCAAAUCAUAGCAGAUCAAAAGGAAGACGCAGAGCUGGAGUCAGGAAAGGGUGAAAAGGGGGAGAAGGGGGAGAAGAAGGAGAAGAAAGACAAGAAAGAGAAGGAGAAGAAAGCGAAAAAGGAGAAGGCAGAUAAAGAGAAGACGGAGAAGAAAGAGAAAAAAGAAAAGGGAGAUAAAGAGAAGACUGAGAAGGAGAAAAAAGAGAAAGCAGAGAAGAAGGAGAAGGACAAAAAGGAGAAGAAGGAAAGAAAGGAGAAAAAGAAUGAGAAAAAGGCCAAAGCAGCAGAGGUAGAGAAAGAAGAGCAAGAGACAGUAAAAGAGCAAGCAGAGGAAGAGCCCAAAGCAGAAGAAGCGGGGACAGCAGAAGCUAAAGGAAAGGAGGAAGAGGAAAAAGAAGGAGAGAAAGAGGAGGAGGAGAACACAGCUGAGGAGGAGGAGAAGAAGCAGAAAGCAUCUCGCCGUCCCAGGAUCAUGCACUGCAAAGUCAAACUGCUAGAUGACACUCUCUUCGAGUGUGAGCUUGACAAACAUGCCAAAGGACAGGAACUGUUCGCGAAGGUGUGCGAUCACCUUAACCUGUUGGAAAAGGACUAUUAUGGGCUGGCCAUAUGGGAAACACCGUCUGUAAAGACAUGGCUAGACUUUGCCAAGGAGAUUAGACGGCAAGUACAAGGCACCAACUAUGAUUUUACAUUUAAUGUAAAGUUCUACCCACCUGAUCCGGCUCAGCUAUCAGAGGACAUCACCAGGUACUACCUAUGUCUGCAGUUGCGGAAGGACAUUAAGAGUGGGUGUCUACCAUGCUCUUUUGUGACUCUGGCCUUGUUGGGCUCUUACGCCCUGCAAUCUGAGCUGGGCGAGUAUGACCCAGAGGUCCACGGCACUGACUAUGCCAAGGAGCUUCAAUUGAUUCCAGGUCAGACCAGAGAACUUGAGGAGAAAGUAAUGGAGCUGCACCGCACAUACAGGUCUAUGAGCCCAGCUCAGGCUGAUAUGAUGUUCCUGGAGAACGCCAAAAAACUUGCAAUGUAUGGGGUUGACCUGCAUCAGGCAAAGGAUCUGGAUGGAGUGGAUAUCAUGUUGGGCGUCUGCUCCAGUGGCCUGAUGGUGUAUAAAGACAAGUUGAGGAUUAAUCGUUUCCCAUGGCCAAAAGUUCUCAAAGUCUCCUACAAACGGAGCAGUUUCUUCAUCAAAAUACGCCCGUCUGACUUGGAGCAUUAUGAAAGUGCCAUUGGCUUUAAGCUGCCAAACUACAAGGCUGCCAAGAAACUCUGGAAAGUUUGUGUGGAGCAUCACACAUUCUUCAGGUUAACAUCUACAGAGGCAGCCACCACUCCCAGGAAGUUUUUGGCUCUGGGAUCAAAGUUCCGUUACAGCGGCCGAACUCAGGCCCAAACCCGUCAGGCCAGCUCCAUGAUUGACAGACCUGCCCCCCGUUUCCAGCGCUCGUCCAGUAAGCGGGCAUCACGCAGCUUAGAUGGAGCCAUGGUUUCGACCCCGGAUAAGAACGCUCGUCCUGUCAGCGCUCCCAUCAUGUCUCCCAUCUCCCUGGGCGAUGCGGCUCCCUGUCCCGUGGUGCCAUCAGCAACCCGCACAGACCACAAAGAGACGUCCACGCCCACAGGUCGUCCACGGUCCACUGAGAGAAAAAGUGAGAUGAAGACGGAGACUCAUGUGACUGACAGCUCCAAAACACACAGCACCAAAGUGGAGGGCACACCUGAAGUAAAGAAGGUAGCUCGGCGAGAGCGGCGCCACCGUGAUGCCCCAGUGGUGACGGCCACCAAUGGGGAGAGAAAGAGCCAGUCACCACGGACGGGCACAGAAGUGGUGCGCAUGAGGAAGAAAAGACCUAAGAAAAUUGAGGGUGAAACUCUUUAUAUCAGACAUAGCAAUUUAAUGUUGGAGGAUGUGGAUAAGACACAGAUGGAGAUCAUGCGCCAUCACACCAGUAUCAGUGAGCUCAAGAGGAGUUUCAUGGAGUCGGUUCCGGAACCACGGCCCAGCGAGUGGGACAAACGUUUGUCAACUAACUCACCAUUCCGCACCGCCAGCAUCAAUGGACAGAUGCAGCCUUACUCUCCUGUGAUGAAGACAAAAACUAUCACCAUUUCUGAUGUCACCAACUCCCUUCGCGGCGAAAUCGCCACCAAGGACACACCAAUUGUGCACACAGAGACCAAGACCAUCACCUAUGAGUCUGCACAGCAAAAUGCAAUGAGUGAGAAGGAAUCUGGAAUGCUGUUGAGUGCCCAGACGAUCACAUCCGAGACCGUGAGCACCACCACCACAACCCAGAUCACCAAGACGGUGAAGGGAGGAAUCUCAGAGACUCGCAUUGAGAAGAGAAUCGUGAUUACUGGAGACACUGAGAUUGAUCAUGAUAAGGCUGUGAUGUCUGAUGUUCAGGCUCUUGCUCAGGCUAUAAAAGAGGCUAAAGAACAGCAUCCUGACAUGUCUGUCACUAAAGUGGUGGUUCAUCAGGAAACUGAGAUCAACCCAGAGUAACAUCUACAUGAGACGCAGGGUGAAGAAAUGGAACAAGUCGGGUUUACGAAUGCGAAUAAAGCCACCAGCCAUCCAUGUCCACCCACACGACACUUCCUGUAGCCAUCUAUGACCCACCCACCAACCGAACCCUAAAUGUCUGUCAGACCUCAAGAAUCGAUACUGCAGACUGAGCCUCUAAACUAUCUGCUCCUGUCCUGUGUCUAAGCAACAAAGACCGAUUUAAAUUCACUUUAGCACCUCAGAUGGACUUUUCGUAAAACCCUUUUUGAGCUCCACCUCAUUCAAGACAUUCUGUUUCAGAGUAAACCAAGUUUAAAAGUGUUUUGUAAAACUGUGGCAAAAGAUUACGUUUGUAUCUUAAAUUCAUGGGAUAUUUAUAAGGUGGAUUCCAAAGCGAUGGUUCAAACAUUUACUGGGUGGUGGUGGGAAUUUAAACAUCAGGUUUCUACAAUGUGAGUUUAUUUAAUUUAACUUAAUUUUAGCUGUUGGUUAAUUUGACAACUAUGUUUAAAGUGUGUGUUUUUACAGGGUUAAGGAAAAUCCAAAACGUGUUAAAGGUGAAGUUCACCUUAAAUGUAAUAGUUAGAACUGUCAUAAUACUCAUGCUUAAUAGCUUUGUCCUGUUCAAGCUUCAAAACAUCUUUUUCUGUGUUUCUUAAUUGUAAACUGAAAGAUACAUGCUCUGAACAACAUGAGGGUGAGAAUAAUGUACCUUCAUUUUUGGGGUGAUUUGUGUCAUUCUGUUGCAAAGCUUUGUUUUAUGUUCCUCCUAAAUGUGAUAUUAUCCUUUUGUUCUGAGUGUAAAACUAAAGUGUUAUUUUUAUUGAAAACGCUGGAACAAUUUGAGAUGGGUUUUGAGUGUGUUUUAAUGGUAACACUUUACAAUAUGGUUGUACUUGUUAACAAAUGGAUUAAUUAACUCUGUCCCCUCCAUUGACGAGUUAUCUUGUCAAAUAAGACAAACGCUUUCCUGCCAAUGACGAGUUUUUACGGCAAUCCAUAUUAUUGCUUUUAUCCACUAGGUGCCACUUUAACUCAACUUAUAAAACACUGAAGCAUCCAAUGAUUUGAUCAUCGUUCUGAAUCUGAUCUCUAACAAAAGACCUUUACAAAAUUGCAAUUAUGUCAGCUUUUUGCUCAAACUUUGGUAUCUUUAAAGAACAAAUGAACAUAGGAUGAAACUUUUUCUGUUUGUUUGUGCGAAAGCAGGGGGUCUGUCUUUCAUUUGAUAUAUUGUAUGUUUAUACAUUUAUAGAAGAAAAUGUUCUAGAAGGCAUUAAACUUCUGUGAAAAUCACAAAAACUAACAAUGAGCAAUAAAGUUUUCCAGCAUUUAAAUAAUCUUUGUCAAUGUUAGUUAAUGUCAAUACAAUCAGGGUUCCCACGGGUCAUGGAAUUUCUGGAAUAUCAUGUAAUUUUAAAAGGUCUUUUCCAGACAUUGAAAGUCAGGGAAUUUUAUAUUUUUUGUCCAAGUCAUGGAAUAUCAGGGAUUUUUGUUUGUUGCUUUAAAUAUUUGUUUCCAUUUAUCAAAAUGUAAUCGGCUUGUUAACUUGUGACGUAAAGAAUACCAUUUCUGGGUCCAAACCUUCGCUGACUACAAUUUAAAAAGCUGUUUAUUGGCACUGUUUAUUCACAUCUACAUUAUCCAGGCUCAAAGCAUGAAAAUUCAGCUUUUUAGUUAGUGAAAGCCAGGGAAUGUGACAUUUGACUUGUAGUGGUAACCCUGUAAAACAGUUCAUGUUCAUUAUGCAUUAACUAGCAAAUACAACCUUAUUGUAAAGUGUUACUGAUUUCAUUUAAUUUUUUGAAGGUAUGCAUCCAUAUUUCUUUUGUAUGUUGUCCUUUGUCAUCAUGAAUUGGGGUCCAGUGAAGGUGGAGUGGGGUUGUUGUAGUGAAGCUACACUUUAUGAUAUUUUUAUUUAUUUUCUUCAGUUUUUAUUUUCUGUUUGUGUGUGUACUUUGCAUUUUAGAUGCCCUGCUCUCUUAAUGCAGCUUUGAGGUUUUGUAUUAGAUCCAGCAUCCCAAACACCAGCUCCUGCCAAUUUAUAAAUGGGAUCUGCAGGAAAACUUUGUUCAUUUUCAGUAUAUUUCUACUUUUCUACUAGAGGGGGCAGUAUGUUCUUACCCAUGAGGUAUACUGCAGAUCUUCAAAGCCUUUAAAAAGGAAAACUAUCUACAUACAACCUGAAGUGAUUUUUGAUCAAUUGGAAUUGAUUUGGCUGAAAUGGAUUUAAUUAACGAUUACAGUAAUUAAAUGUGCUGAGCAUUGAUUUUAAAGCGAUCAGACAGAUUUUACGGCACCUUAAAGUGUGAUUUAGGCAUUCACAGAGUCAUUAAAGACACUUUCAUUUACAUGAAAUUCAGGAGUGAAGAUUCUGGUUGGGUAUUUCAGUUCUGAAUAAUCUCAAUUUUGUGGAUUUUAUAUUGUGCAUCAACAACGACUGCGAUGCAAGUUCUCUUGUGGUAAAACAUACUGCCCAACGUCCAGUUUUUAAACGUCUAUUUUAAAAUGUUACACUUUUAUAAUAGUUCAGAUCGUACCCUGUACAGAGACUGAAAUGUAGUUUGUUCAGUGUUGUGUGGCGCUCUUUCAUAUUCUAGUUUGAGGUGAAGACGGAAAUCGUACAUUUAGUCUCAAACGUUCUUUUUCCUUUUCAUCCCUCUUUCUUUGCCAUCAGCAUAAAAAAGGCAAAUGUAAAAUAUAUCAUCAUGCACUGAAUAAACUCCAACAUAGACACAAUCACUCUGUAUGUGCUCUUUAUGUCUUAUCUUGUGUAACUACUUACCUUGA